AAACAAUCCUAUUGAUGGAUUAGCGCUAUUUGUCGAAGCACUGAAGAAGAUUGCUGGUACAAAUGUCUUGCAAAUUAAUUUUUUUGUUCCUAGCACUUGUUUAUGCCCAUAGCAAUGCUGUAAGUGUUCGCCAGAAUGUACGAAAAUUCCCCGAUGGCUUCGCUUUCGGCGCAGCUACGGCUUCAUAUCAAGUUGAAGGCGCAUGGAACGAAGAUGGAAAGUCAGAAAAUAUCUGGGACCACUUAACUCAUUCGCAACCAAAUCCCGUAAAAGAUGGGUCUUCAGGAGAUGUAGCAGCGAAUUCUUAUCACCUGUACAAAAGGGACGUGGAGAUGAUGAGGGAAUUGGGCCUUCAGUUUUAUAGAUUCUCCCUUUCGUGGUCUCGGCUCUUACCAACUGGGUUCCCAGACGUCAUCAAUCAAGCGGGCGUGGAUUACUAUAACAAUUUAAUAGACGAGAUGCUGAAAUACAAUAUUCAGCCGAUGAUAACGUUGUAUCACUGGGACUUGCCGCAGAAGCUCCAAGAGAUGGGUGGAUGGACUAACUCGCAUAUUGUCGAUUGGUUCGGUGAUUACGCGCAGGUGGCGUUCAAACUUUUUGGCGAUAGAGUUAAAAGCUGGAUUACUAUCAAUGAACCCCACUCAAUUUGUUACUACGGCUAUUCUAUAGGACAUUUUGCACCUAGAAUCGAUUCUUCAGGAGUAUCAGAGUAUAUGUGCACUAAAUAUUUAUUGUUAGCUCACGCAAGAGCUUACCAUAUUUAUGAUCAAGAAUUUAGACCUUCCCAGAAUGGCAAUAUCUUUAUAGCAUUAAGUGGGCAAUGGUAUCAAUCUGAAACGGACGAAUACCACGAUGCCGCUGAAGACUAUAUUCAAUUUACGGUGGGACAAUACGCUCACCCGAUAUUCUCAACCACUGGCGAUUGGCCGCCUGUCAUGAAGGAGAGAAUAGCAGCCAAAAGCGCCGAGCAAGGUUUCUUCAGGUCAAGGCUACCUGCAUUCUCGCCCGAGGAAGUGGAAUACAUUCGAGGGUCUUCUGACUUUUUUGGAUUAAAUCAUUACACAACAUAUUACGUGUACCGCAAUGAAUCGAGCACUAAUUUUGCAGUACCUUCUUUUGAGGACGAUAUUGGCGCUGAUAGGUAUCAAUUACAAGAAUGGCAUACACAAAAAGAUGUAAAGUAUAUUGGGCAUGUACCAUGGGGCUUCACCAAGUUAUUGGUGAAAAUAAAAGAGGACUACAAUGACGUUCCAAUCCAAAUCACGGAAAAUGGCUUCUCCACGCUUCCCGGGCUGGAAGACGACACGCGCGUGGCGUAUUACUUCGACUACCUGAACGCGUUGCUGGACGCCGUCGAGAGCGGCGUCGACGUGCGGAGCUACGCCGCCUGGAGUCUCCUGGACAACUUCGAGUGGAUAGAAGGAUAUGGCAUACGUUUCGGGCUGUACGAAGUGGACUUUGAAGACGAGGCGCGCCCGCGCACGCCGCGCAAAUCUGCCUUCUUAUACAAAGAGAUCGUGCGCACGCGCGCGCUCGACCCCAGCUUUGAGCCCGACGCCAGCGCUACCAUGACCAUUGACCAAGGACAUUAGCAAACUACUAAUAUGCGAAUAAAAAUAAAAUUAAUGAUAUUAAAUUCUUCCAAAUA